AUGCACCCAAGAUAUCCCAAAAUGCUUAAAGUUGGCGACACCGAGGCAUACCGGGAGGUCAUCAGAGACUUCGCCGAAGAGUUGUGGCAAGACAUGCCCGUGUGGGCACUGCUGGACAGCAGGGAGUGGCAGCGGGGUCGCAUCCACCGCGUCAACAAAGAGGAUGAGCAUCAUGUGACCUACGACUUCCAGUACUCCAAGAAGGUGACUGAGGGCGGGAAGAACGUAGACAAGGUCUUCAUCCUCAAGGACAAGCCCAGAGGCACCUUCAAAACUUGCCAGCUUCUGGUUAAGGGCGAUCCGGCAGGCGGCAAGACGACUUUCGCAAAGCAGCUGCUGACGUGGAUCAUGAGGGAGAAGGAAACUGCCUGGCUGGUGCCUGUAAUGGUUCGGACCAUCGAUCUCGUCCGCUGCCACAGCUCCUUCUGCGACGAUGGGAGGGACAUGGUCAAACAGUAUCUGGCCAUGGUCUACAAAGACACGCCGACCCUGGAGCUCUUGGAGCUUGCGCGGCAACAGGGACGCCUCCUCGUUCUGCUGGAUGGCUUCGAUGAGGCUGGACAUCUGGAGAGCGAGCUCGCGAAGCAAAUCUCCUCGACGCUGAACAGCGAGGUAUUUCUGAUUGUCACAUCCCGGGAGAUGAGCGGCGUGCUGUCUGGGCCGGACUUUGGUCGCUUUCGCACAGUCAGGGUCAAGGAGCUCAAUGAAGCGCAGCGACGGCAGGUCAUCCAGCGCAGGUUGGCGUCGCCCGAGGCUGUGGAGGCUUUCUGCACCCAGUUGACCUUGAAUCCUGCACUUUGCAUGAUGACAAGGAAUCCGCUUCUCCUGAACGUCACCCUCUCGGUUUAUGAGUCGAGUGGCGAGCUCCGCGGACGAUCCUUGAACCGAGGCCGUGUCUACGGCCUUGCUCUGGAUGGCAUGCUGCACAACCUCGAGAAGAAAAAGGCUUCGAGUGGCUCGGAUGUGUCAGAGGGCAUUCGUGCCUCCAGCCUCCGCACGGUUCUGAAAAGCUUCACGGUAAAGCCCAGCACGCGCCCAAUGUCGAUGCUGAAGCACCCCUCACAGACUCCAAAGCUCUGA